AUGGAAUCAAAACAGCAGUUACUUGACCAAACACAACUCGGCGUUUCUCGAGAGAAGUCGGGGAACCGUUACACUCGAAAUGUUUGGAUCUCUGGCUUGUCCACGCUAUUGCUCCUCGCCCUUACUGGGCUGUGGAGGAAUGGGUACCCGCUCACGGGGCUGUUCGGUAGCUGGGGCCGCCACGACCCCAGUGGACAAGACAGACUCAUGAGAGAGUACACGCUCCAGUCUGGAGUGAGAUGGAUGAACCCAGAUGGCGGUCGAUGGAGAGUCAUGUUCGUUUGCAACGGACAAACGCCUUGCCCCACGCUGUACGCUGAAGAAGGCGAUCUUGUCGCGUUGACAGUCAAGAGCGAUGUCUAUGCUCAGUCUUCCAUUCACUGGUCCGGCAUUGGACACAAGGCAACUGGAAGCUGGAAUGACGGUACCGCCGGGAUAUCUCAGUACCCUAUUCUCCCUCGCGGCAACUUCACAAGCGUGAUUGACACGACUGGCUCGUGGGGUCUCAACUGGUACGCUGAGCACACAACUGCUGCGUCUGCUGAUGUAGGCCUCUUCCUUCUCCUACCUUAUGUCACACACUUCUUUCUACGAACUUUCUUCACAACUGCCAAAAUACACCAGUCUGACUUCGAACGCAAGGGCUUGUAUGGUAUGGUCUAUGUAGCGCCAAGCCCAUCUCGACCUCGUCCCUACCGUCUCAUCACGAAAAAUGACAUCGAGCUGCGAAAAAUCAUGGAGGCCGAGAAGCAAGUCCGACAUCUCGCUAUCAAGAAUCACCAACACCGGGACACAGGCUGGAAAAUGCUCCGCAUGCGGGCUGAAGGGUCGGAGUUCUAUUGCUAUGAUUCGAUCCUCGUCAAUGGAAAGGGCCGUGUACAUUGUCGUCAACCGGGAUACGAACAAUUGAACGGACAUCGCUUGGAUGAGACAGGCUGCAUCCAACCACCUGGUCUCCCGGAAGAAUCAUGCACACCAAGUGAGGCGGACUAUGAGGUCCUUGAGACGGAAGGCAGAGAAUACAUGAUGUUGAACCUGAUCAACAUUGGUUUCGAGCACUCCGUCAUGGUCUCCAUCGACAAUCACAAGCUGACUGUAGUUGCGAAUAAUGGUGGUUUCGUUGUUCCCGAAGAAGCCGAUUCUGUCUACGUGCCCAGCGCUGGAAGGCUUACCGUUCUGGUGAGACUAAACGCGGAACCUGGAGACUACGCCAUGCGCAUCUCAUCCACAAGCCAGAUGCAGAACCUACAGGCCUACUCGAUCUUGAGAUAUCCGGGUAGCCGCAGACCCAUCUACGGCCAGCCGAUGAAGGUUUCACAGCCAGGUUCAAUCGACGACAUCUGUGUUUUGCCUGAUGGUUCUACAAACCAGGGCUGCAAAACUGUCAAUGGCCAAUUUCUACCGCCUUACCCUGCCACGCCACCUCCUUCGGCCAAGGGUUUGCAUCCAGAGAGAGCAGACUUCACGUUCCAUCUCGCUGCCGGAUCUCAAACUUCGCCCACGGAGGCUCAUGUGCCAGAGUUCUACCUCAACGAGAAGCCUUGGCAGUUAUUCCGCUCGUCUUUGAUGCCUCUUCUAUUUCAGGCAGCCAACGGGUCUGGUUCUCUCGGAUCUCUGGGCAAGCCCAUUAUCGAAGGUAUCCCAAUUGGCUCCGUUGUUGAUCUCAUCAUUGAGAACAACCUGAACGACACGGUUCCACUCUACAAGCAUGCCGAUCCUGCCUGGUUGCUUGGCGCGCAGCCGAACGCGAGGUUCUCGCACAAGAGCGUGAAAGAGGCUCUUGUAGGUCGUAGCCACCUAUCUAAGUCCCUCAACCUCAAGGACCCGGCUCUUGUCACAGUCCAUGACCUCCCUCCUCUGGGAUGGAGUGUUCUACGAUUCAAGGUAACAGCGAAAGCCGCGACUAUGAUUCAUGCCGUGAAGCUUAGAUAUUUCGCGCUGGGCAUGUCUGCGCCGAUCAUGGAGGGCAUCCUGAGCAAUGACCCUGCAGAAUUUCCCGAAUCAGCCAUCAAUCGCCCACAUGUGGAAUUUGAGCCGAAGAACGAUGGUGUAUUUGGCUAG